AUGUCUGAGACCACUGUGCAGCCUGUACCACCCUUGCAAAAUGUCAAUGAGGAAGCUGUGAUUGAACAACAGGUUUCAGAUGAGAUGCUCCACCUCGAGCUGGAGGAAGCUUCUGAAGUUGAAGCCAAGCUUGACAUUCUUUUGAAUGAGGGCCUCAAUGAUUUUCCAGAUAAUGAUGAGUCCAAGAUAGCUCAAUAUGCUUCUAACAUUGUACAAAACAGCAUUACUGAUCAAACCUGUACAAAGCAUGUUAGGAUCAUUAAGGCAUAUAUUAUAUUUCAUAUGAAACAGACACCAAACUGGGAUCCCAAAGUGGUGACAAGGAACACACCAUAUGAUGACACAAGGUCAGUGGCCCCUGUCUCUGUCUCCUUAACUACCAGUGGUGAUGAGCUCAUCUACAUAUUUGUUGCAGUUCUCCACUGCAAUUUCAACUCGAGUAGCCCUUACACUGUGGUAUCACUCUGUCUGACCAUCAGAGAUUCUGGCCUUCCAACAAGAUUUCAUGCUGUGUCUAAGUUCAUAAUUGGUCUUGAAAAGACCAAGGCAAGGCAGGGCGAGGUCUCCCAGUCAGCACAGGCGCUUUUGCUGGAUGAUAUGUACUGCCUCCAUGACUAUUGCAUGAUGCACCAUAGUCUGAACAAUGCUGAUCGACAAUGUGGGAUUGUCCAAUAUAUGGUCUUUCUCUUUGCAUGGCUCCUUGUGUUUCGAGUUGAGGAAGCAUUGAGCCUGACAUUUGAGAUCAUUGAUGCUCUCCCUAAUGAAAGAGCAUACUUUGAUGUUGACCUUGGCAUACAUAAAAAUGCACAGACUGAUGUCUCUCAGCGGAUGCAUCUCUGUGCAAAUGACAAAGAUUCAAAGAUAUGCCCCAAGCGGGCCUUGAUCAGACUUGUAGCUCUGUAUGGAGAAAACCAUGACUGCACUGGACUCUUGUUCCUGGUGAUUAACAUGAAUGGUACAGUGACCACUCAACCACUGUCUUCCACUACCAUUAGCUGA